AUGACAUCGAAUUCACGACCGUCGUAUCGAGAAGCGCAGGAACGGUUAUUAAAAUGGUGUCAACAUGUGACACGGGAUUAUGAAUCAGUGAGAAUCCGGAAUUUUACAAGUGAUUUUGCGGAUGGUUUGGCCUUCUGUGCAAUAAUUCAUCAUUAUUUUCCCGAUGCAUUCGAUUUCAAUGCGCUGAAUAGCGAUAGCAAACAGAAGAAUUUUGAUUUAGCAUUUCGUCUUGCCGAAGAAAAAGCUGAAGUUUAUCCGUUAUUGGAUAGUAGCGAUCUUAUACAUGGCCAAUUGGAUAAAAAAUGUGUAUUUACCUAUCUCCUGACUUUGUAUCAUGGUUUGAAAAAUCACGAAGUACUGACGGGCAAAACUUGUGAGAAACGUACCGUAUAG